AACGCUAUAUUUAGGUGGUAAAACCUCAGUACUGUGUAAAGCAUUCAGCAAACACAUUUAAUUUCCCGGAAAUAAUUUGAAUAUGUAGAAGCGUGCAGCUGAGUGCUGACAGGAGGUGGAGUCGCUCGCGCUUCGCCUGGCGCAGAGUACGCGCGGAAUUCAGCGCUUCCGGACACCGCGCGACUCGAGCGAGCGCAUCCGCGGCCGGUUGACCGCCGCACCGACUCCCGUGUCUGUGCCUGAUCCAGCUCUGUCACUGCCCGCCUGUUAGACAUUCAUAAAGGAAGAUGGUGUGUAUGGAAAGCUGAUGUGCGGAUCUGGAAGAAGCUCUGUUUCCAGGGUGAUGAGCUGUGUGCUUUAAAAAUAUAGAAUAUUAUGGGCUGUGCUUGCUGUAAGCAGAGGAAGGCCAGUAAAGCUGUGUCGAGUCCCAACUUGUGUGACACAGGCAAUGGGACCCAGGCAUCAGAACCCUCCCGUUACAUCGCAGAUCCCACUUUUAACUCUGGGAUGAUCCCCAACUUUAAUGAUUUUUCCAACCCUGCUCCAUCAUCCAAUUUCACCUCGUCCCGCCCAGCCCCCAUCACAGGAGGCGGUGUAACGCUCUUUAUAGCCCUUUAUGACUAUGAUGCACGUACAGAGGAUGACCUGAGCUUCCAGAAAGGAGAAAAGUUCCAUAUUAUCAACAAUACCGAGGGUGACUGGUGGGAGGCUCGUUCUCUGGACACAGGGAAGUCUGGGUACAUUCCUAGUAACUAUGUGGCCCCUGUGGACUCCAUACAAGCUGAGGAGUGGUAUUUUGGUAAGAUGGGCCGGAAGGAUGCAGAACGACAGUUGUUAGCGCAGAACAAUCCUAGAGGGACAUUCUUAAUACGAGAAAGCGAGACAACAAAAGGAGCGUACUCUUUGUCGAUCAGAGACUGGGAUGAUGCGAAGGGGGAUCAUGUCAAGCACUAUAAAAUUAGGAAGCUGGACAAUGGUGGUUAUUACAUCACAACAAGGACACAGUUUGAUACCGUCCAGGAGCUGGUGGUGCAUUAUACAGAGCGUGCAGCAGGGCUGUGCUGCCGUUUGAUUGGCAGCUGUAGGCGGGGCAUGCCUAAGCUGGCUGACCUGUCAGUGAAGACUAAGGAUGUUUGGGAGAUUCCCAGGGAAUCACUUCAGCUCAUUAAGAAACUGGGCAAUGGCCAGUUUGGUGAAGUGUGGAUGGGUAGUAAUGAUGGUUUAUGUUGCUACUUGACUAAAGCCUGUCCAAAUGCCACGCCCCAAACAAUGGGUUUAGGGCGGGAUGCCUGGGAGAUCGCCCGGGAAACAUUGCAGCUCAACAGGAAGUUGGGUCAGGGUUGUUUUGGCGACGUCUGGAUGGGCAUGUGGAAUGGCACAACUAAAGUUGCAGUGAAGACCCUGAAGCCAGGCACCAUGUCUCCAGAGGCCUUCCUGGAUGAGGCCCAGAUCAUGAAGAGGCUCCGUCAUGAUAAACUGGUACAGCUGUAUGCUGUGGUGUCUGAGGAGCCCAUCUACAUCAUCACUGAGUUCAUGAGUCAAGGAAGCUUGUUGGACUUCUUGAAAGAUGGAGAUGGCAGAAAUCUAAAAUUGCCUCAACUUGUGGAUAUGGCAGCCCAGAUUGCUGCAGGCAUGGCCUAUAUUGAGCGGAUGAACUACAUCCACAGAGACCUGCGAGCUGCCAAUAUCCUGGUUGGAGACGGUCUGGUCUGUAAGAUUGCAGACUUUGGGCUGGCUAGACUUAUCGAGGACAAUGAGUACACAGCUAGACAAGGAGCAAAGUUUCCGAUAAAGUGGACUGCCCCAGAGGCUGCUCUGUAUGGUAAAUUUACCAUCAAAUCAGAUGUGUGGUCUUUUGGUAUCCUACUGACUGAGCUCAUCACCAAGGGCAGAGUGCCUUACCCAGGGAUGAACAACAGAGAGGUUCUGGAGCAGGUGGAGCGUGGAUAUCGAAUGCCGUGUCCGCAGGGCUGCCCGGCGUCUCUGCAUGAGUUGAUGGUGCAGUGCUGGCGGAAGGAUCCUGACGAGAGGCACACCUUUGAGUACCUGCAGAGCUUCCUGGAGGACUACUUUACUGCCACUGAACCCCAGUACCAGCCUGGAGAAAACCUGUGAUAGACACAUAUACACUUAAGUGCAUUAGUUCAAUAUAUCCUUCAGGAAAGAUGCAAUUGCCUUUACUUUCUAUCACAAUACCUCCAUAAACUGAUUUUGAUCCAUGGCCCUGCAAUCAUAAGCUCCAUCUGAACAUGCUUUAGUGCAAUUCCUCAUUCUGUGCUUCAAACUGAAAAAAACGUUCCAAGAUACUGCUCUCAAACUGCAAGACUGGGUCACUUUAUAAGUCUGAAGUAAUACAAUGGUCAAUGUUAAUGUUGGUUCUUUAACUUAAAAUACACCAACACAUUAAUGCUACCAUAUUAAUGCUUCAUCUCUCCAUUAAACCAAUAGCAAUUAGUUACCUAUUCAAUCAUAUUACUAUAUCCACCACUGUAUUUGAAUGUUCUGUCUCUUGUAGACUAUUUAAGUCAUUUCUAAUGGGUGCCUAGUGGAGAAAAUUUCGCUCUGAUAUACAGGUAGAACAAAAGAAUCUCUACUAGGCAUUCAACAGUGACCUGGAUAACUGAGAUUUUUUACAGACUUAUCUAAUCUGUGGUAUGUUUUGUGAUUAAUGUGAUAUACAGGUCUAAACUCCAAUAACAGAGAAAGCUCUUCCAGCUCAAGAGCAAGCCACAUGAACCUUUUUUUUUUUUUUUUUUUUUUACAUACGAUUCAGUUUCUGAAUGUGCAUUUUUGAAUGUAACAAUUCAGUCUUUCCUUUUUUAUCUGGCAAAAAGUAAAUUGAAUGCAAAGGAGCCAAAAAUGAAAUCUUGAAAUAUUAGUGUAUAAGUCUCAAUGCACAGCUAACAAGGAUGUGCCUUUAUAGUCUUGCAUUUGUUUCUUUAGGCUUUGUUCACUUAGCUAGUCAUGUUAUUGCUUUCUAAUAAUCCUUUUUGUUUAACUUUGAAUAUAACAAUCCUGUAUUAUCUUAUUAGAGAGCAGUUCUGUUGUAUAAUAGUGGGCUUUAUUGUGGCUUUAAAGACACAGUAUUGACAUUCAGAAAAGACUUCCUUCAGAGCUGUCUUUUAAAAUGAGAACAAAACUACUGUUUUUUUUCCAUCAUUUUACACUGUAUUUUUACAUUUUACUUCAUAUCUCAAUUAUUUCGUUUUUAUAAUUUAAGUGGAUAUCAAACCUGUGCCCUUAUUCAGGAUCAAUGAUACUCUACGGGGAUAGACUGUAACCCUGAACUGAAGAAUGUGUAUUACAGUUAUGUAAUGUUUGUGCCAUUUUAUUAUACUGAGCUUACUGAA